UUGGCGUUUUGCAUUCGACGAUUCUUAUAUUCUCUCAUCCAUCUCAAAUACUCGAUAAUAUAUACACAGUUAAAUUCUAUUUAUCUUAAAAAUUAUUAUCAUAAUUCUUAAUUAAUCUAAACGGUACUAUUACAAAGUGAAGCACAGCAUUCCAUUAUGUCAAAAAUAUAUAAGAAAUCUGUUAUAAAACGUUUGAAUAUUUUAGAAACUAGAAAUAAAAAAUACACCCGUAUCCCUCCUGAAAUCAUGAAAAAGAAUCGCCUGAAAGCUAUUAAUAAGAUUUUGAAUCGAGGAAAUAAUUUAACAAAUAUAAAUAUGUCAAAACAUCAAGAACAAAAUCCUGCAUCAAUUGAGAUUCCUGACGUUGAAGAAAACUUUUCUAAUAGAAUGGCCGAGGAUUUAAUACGUCAAAACAACUAUACAGUGAGUCUCAAUGCAUCAUUGUUAGAAAAUAUGACAGGUCAAAAUGAGCCGUCAGACUUGAAAAGGAAAAAUUAUGAGACAUCGGAGAUCAAAAUUAUUAAAAGAAGAAAAAUGUGUCACAGUCCUAUUCGUCAUGAUCAAAUGGUUGACAAUAUUGAAACAGUUAUUCAUAACGGCCAUCAUUAUAAUGUACAACAGGUUUAUGAUGCCAACACGAAUCCAUUCCUGCAACGAAUUAAAAGAGAGAUAUGUAUGGCUAGUGGCACUGUUAUAAUACAAAUUCCAUGAGAACAAAUAUCAGUUUCAUGUUAAUUAUUUGAAUAUUACGUGUAUAUUAUUUUAUUUUUUAUUUGUUAACAAUUUCAUAUACAUUUUGUUUACGUUAUCAACUUUUUUUUUGGCAACUUUUCGUAUUAUUGCAAAUAUUCUUUUUAAUUGUAUUAAAAUUCAUUUACUCAAUAAAAACUUAUUUUUCUUUUGAAUAUUGUUCACAUUAUUAGUCGAUAAAAA